AUGGAGUUUGUGACGGGGUACCGCGAGGAGAUCCUGGACUUUGCGGAGCUGCUCUUUGGCUGGUACCGCCGCUUCCUGCUGGAGGCCUCCCUGGGGUGGGGGUCUGCGGAGCCGCGCAAGAGGCGGGAGGGGUCCGUGCGCCGCCUGCCCCUGGACCCCGCCCUGUGGGUGCUGCACCUGCUGCCCAACCGCGCCCUGGCCUUCUCCGUCCCCGACCCCGGGCAGCAGGUGAGCAGCCGCUUCUACGGCGAGGAGGCCCUGGCCCUGCGGGACCUGCAGCGCUUCAUCACCUUUGUGGGCGCAGGGGAGGAGGAGGAGGAGGAGGAGGUGGAGGCGGAGCUGGAGGCGGAGACAGAGGCGGAGCCAGCACAAGAGGAUGGCAGGCCAGAGAGGAAGGAGGAGGCGCAGCCAGGCGGGGCCCGCACAGGGCUGGGCCUGGGCCUGCGCCGCGUGGAGUGCCUCCUGCUGGUGACGGACGAGCACGGCACCAUCCUGGGCUUCGACUUCCUGCUGGGGGGCCCGGGGCCCUCCUCCCCCUCCCCAUUGGGGACCCCCCUGGAGGGACGGGCCCUGGCCCUCCUCCUCCACUGCAUGGCCUGCCCGCUGGGCGCUGGGGAGCCGCGCCGGCCCAAGACCCUCACCGUGGGGGACCCCGCUUUGCACAAGUCCCUGGAGCCACUGCUGGGGCGCCUGGGGGUGAAGAUGAGCAAGGCGCCCAUGCGUGGUUGGGGCCCCCGCCCGGCCUUCUCCUUCCCCACCACGCGGGGCCGAGCCUGCCACGUCUGCAAGAGGCACAGCUUCGAGGGGCCCCUCGCCCCAUGCCACCUCUGCCGGGCGGUGCUGUACUGUUCGGAGCGUUGCCGGCAGCUGGAUUGGGACCGGAGCCCCGAGGACGUGGCACACCGCUUCUGGUGCCAGCGCAUGGCCGCCUACAUGGGCCGCGCACGGGAACUGGCCAAUCUGCCCUUCACCUUCGCCGCAGAGGCCAGCAGCGAGACCUUCAACAAGGAGGGCUUCCUGGGGUCGCGGGGGCUGACCCGGGGCUACUGGGCCGGAGAGAGCAUGAUGGUGCGCGCCCCUGGGUACGGCGUGGGGCUGGCCCCCCCAGGAAUGGGACCCCUCCUCAAGAGUGGUAACCCUUUUGAGGCGCUGCGGCCAGAAGGAGGGACGGCGCUGCCCCCGGCCCCCCCGGAGCCCCCCACCCCUCGGACCUACUUUGGAUCAUGGAAGGAAUACUAUCAGUGGCGGGGGCUGCCCCUGGGAGCCCCCCUGGCGGUCAUCCUGACCUACCCGCUGACCAUGUACUACAUCAUCACCCAGCUGGCCCCACAGCACUUCCCAGAGCUGAACAUCCUGAACAAGCAGUCCCUCAAGAUCCAUGUGGUGGAAACGGGCAAGGAGUUCGGGGUGCUGAUGGCCUUCUGGGAGCUGUCCGUGCUACUGCCCCACGUCUCCUUGGAGCUGCUCUUUGUGGGGGACACUUUACCCCCCGAGUUGGAUGGCCAGCAGUUCCUCUUGCAGAGAGAUGUGAGUCGGAGGCUCUUCUCUAUGGAAGGCCCUAUAAGCCCUGGUUCAUUACAACAACACAUUGGUGUCUCUGUCCGGCCUGGACUGACCCCCAGGUCAAAGGGGGGCCGCCGUGAGCUGCAGAUGGGCUUCAGCGCCCGGCCCUAUCACCUCCUGCAGGCCCCCAAACCGGACCUGGUCAUUGGAUUUAACUCUGGAUUCGCCCUCAAGGAGACCUGGCUGAGUUCUCUCCCCCGGCUCCAGUCCCUCCGGGUCCCGGCCUACUUCACCGAAUGCAGCGAGUACAGUUGCGCCGUGGACGAGGCGGCCGUCUCGAUGGCAACGGGGGGCACCACCAGCCCCGCCCAGGUCAACCCCUUCCGCUCGCCCUUCCGCCAAGCCGGCAUCGACAAUGCCAUGCCCUGGUGCGUGACCUCUGACCCUGGGCCCACCUAA